AUCGAAGCAGCCCUGUUCUUUGUUCAUCUGCUCAUUUAAGAAUUCAAACGGCGUAAAGGCAAUGCCUACAGGCUCUAGUGAAACGAAUGCUGAUCAAACCAGUCAAGACAAGUUGCAUAAAAAGUUUACAUGGAAAGAAUUGAGCGCUCUUAACAAGCCAGAGAAUGUUCACGUUGCUUAUAAAGGAAAAGUUUAUGAUGUUAGUAGUUUUGUAUCAUCUCAUCCUGGAGGUGUUGAUCAGAUCAUGAUGGGAGCUGGUCGGGAUAUAACACACUUAUUUGAUGUCUACCAUCAACCACAGACAAUCAAAUUUCUUGAAAAGUAUUACGUUGGAGAAUUGACUGAUGUUGAAUUUGUUACUUAUCCAGAGGAAAAGAACCAGUUUUACUCUACGCUUAAGAAAAGAGUCAAGGAGAAAUUUAAAUCGCUACAAAUUGACACUAAAUUUGACUACAAGAUGUUUUUAUUAUAUUUUACUUACUGCUCCUUUUGUGCCCUUACUUGGUACAGCAUGCUCAUUAGUGGUGACUCUUAUUGGCUAAGAGGCAUUUUCUCUUCGGCUGCUUUGGGCAUCUUUACAGGGCUCUCCUUUUAUUCUAUGUUUCAUGAUGCUAGUCAUUGCUGCAUAACUCACAGCCCCAUGGUAUGGAGAAUAGCUCGAAUAAUAGUGCAGUGUGUGACGGGAUUAUCUAUGUACUGCUGGAUGUAUAGACACACUUGUGGUCAUCAUAUAUACACCAAUGUUGACAUAGCUGAUCCCGAUUGUAGGACACAAGUUAUGAAAAAGGAAGUAUGGAGGCUAAAACACAAGCAGUCGUGGUUCAAACGCUAUGAGUAUCAACAUUUGUACAUGCCAUUGUUUAUUUAUACAUUUUACAGCGUUAUAAUGAAUGUUCAGGAUUUUGUAGUCAUGAAGAACCUUGAGAUAGGUCGUAUACGGUUAAAUCCACCCAGUACUUAUCAAAGGAGAGAGUUUUAUUUCAUGAAAAUAUUCCAUCACACCAUGAGGUUGAUUGUGCCACUGUUUUAUAUGUCAUUAACAUCAAUGCUCCUGUAUAAUUUGAUAUAUCAAGUAGUGCUGGGGCACUGGAUCUUACUACUGGCACAGCUCUCACACCUUACAACUAAAGUAUCAUUAUCAGAAGAUAUUGCAUUACAGAAUAAAUCCUGGGCUGAGUAUCAAGUAUUAACUACUAAAGAUUACGAUACUGAUUCAUUGCUGUGUACAUUAUUAACUGGUGCUCUCAAUCAUCAAGUAGCUCACCAUUUGUUUCCUGAUGUACUACAGUCCUAUUAUCCCAUCAUUACUCCUAUUGUGCGGGAUACUUGUAAAGAAUUUGGUAUUCAGUAUAAUUGUGAAGCCAGUCUGCCUAAGGCUCUAUGGGAGCAUUUGAAAUAUUUGUUUAGAAUGGGACAGGAACCUACCCAGCUCAAGGUCCAGUAAAUACUGCACCAGCUACUGAAUUAACUCUUCUGUAUUUUGCUAAUGUUAUUUUUUUUCCUUAUUUUUGUGUGCUUUGUGACCUUUUCCACCCACGCA